AUGUCGACCAAGGCCCCCGAAGAAAAGCACGUGAGCAAGCGUGGUUGUUUUAAGUCCACACGGUCUCGAAUUCUCUUGGCCGUAGUUGCUUUCAUUGUUCUUUGUGCUGCUAUCAUCCCUGCCGCUGUGGUCACCACCCUCCACAAGAAAGACAGCAUGGGUCCGAAAUCCAAAGUCUUCGUGCCACUCUACGUUUACCCUGCUCCCGGUGCGUGGACUCCGCUGGAGAAUGUGGUCUCUACCCAUCCCGAUGUCAAUUUUACCGUCGUAAUCAAUCCGGGAAGUGGUCCAGGGCCUGACUCCGUGCCGGAUGCGAAUUAUACCCGCGAAAUCCCAAACCUCGCAUCAUACGCGAAUGUGCGCCUCCUGGGAUAUGUCCACACCUCAUACGCGCAGCGCAACAUAUCCCUAGUGCGUAAGGAUAUCGAAACCUACGCCGCAUGGCCGACGGCAUCGUCUAACCCGGACUUGGCCGUUCGGGGCAUCUUCUUCGAUGAGACUCCCCAGCAAUACAGUGCCCAAUCCUUGGCAUAUUUGCAAAAUAUGACGGAUCUUGUCAAAGACUUGAAAGGAUUUGGGUCCGAUGGCUUUGUGAUGCACAACCCUGGCGCCAUCCCAGACUCUCGAUACUUGGCAACGGCUGACUCGACCGUCGUUUUCGAAGAGACUUAUAGCACUUUCCAACAGCGGUCUAGCGCUAAGAUAUUCACGGCUAUCCCGGACAGCAAUCGCACCCAGCUGUGCACAGUUAUCCACUCGGUUCCCGAUACUGUGGAGGGAUCGAAGCUGCGCAGUCUCGUGAAAGAGGCUCGCAAGGUCGCCGAUGAGAUUUUCAUCACUCACCUUAGCACCGACUACUAUGCUAGCUUUGGAACGAAGUGGGCCGAUUUUGUCGAUCUGGUGGCAGCGUGA